AUGGCUACAUCGACCGGAAAGAUCAACAAGACUUACUGGACACACAGCAACUACAGUGGACAAGUUCAUAACGAACGAUUGGAAGGUAAUGCUACGUUCACAUUUCCAUCCGGCACAACUUAUGUAGGUGAAUUCAAAGAUGGAGAAUUUCACGGCCAUGGAAUACUUCAUUAUGCAAACGGUGCUAAAUAUGAAGCGAUCUGGGAGAAAGGAAUUGCAAAAGAUGGUCAAUACACAUUUCCAGAUGGUUUGACAUAUGAUGCUGAGGAUUGGAAAUAUUGUGAUGGUUAUGAUCGACGGUUUUAUACUGAAACUCUGCAUGGCUUGAAACCAGCUGGUCGAUCUCAGUUAAAAGAUCGUGAGCCACGCGAACAAAUUCCCGAAGAUUGCUAUGAUGUCGGAGAUGGAAUUUACAAUCCUGUAUCACGUGUCGUCACAGAUUACCACGGAGAGUUCGUUCGAAAUGCUGAUGAUGAUGAACAUCAAUGGAUUGUACAGAAUUGUCGAAAAGGUUGGGAUGAAAAUGUUGGCGGACAAAAUCCUCGACUUAAACCCGACAUAACAAAACUGAAAAACUAA